AGUGGCCUAGAAGAUAUGGCUGUGAUGACUGUGAUGGAGUCAGUGCUACGAGGCCCUGCCAAGGCAUUAGGGGCAGCUAAUCCAGGUUGCUGUCUGGAAGACUUUGUGAGGUGGUACUCGCCCCGGGAUUACAUUGAAGAGGAAGUGAUUGAUGAAAAGGGAAACACGGUUCUGAAAGGAGAACUGAGUGCCCGAAUGAAGAUUCCAAGCAACACGUGGGUGGAAGCCUGGGAAACAGCUAAGCCAGUUCCUGCCAGAAGGCAAAGGAGACUCUUUGAUGAUACGCGGGAAGCAGAAAAGGCAGCUGCAUUGAUCAUUGAUCUGAGUCUGUGCCUCCUCCAGGUGCUGCACUAUCUGGCAAUGCAGAAACCUGCAGACCUCGCUCGGCACCUGCUACCUUGUGUAAUUCAUGCAGCCGUCCUCAAGGUAAAGGAAGAAGAAAGUCUGGAAAACAUUUCUUCCGUUAAGAAGAUUAUCAAGCAGAUAAUAUCCCAUUCCAGCAAAGUCCUGCACUUUCCCAACCCGGAAGACAAGAAACUAGAAGAAAUCAUCCAUCAAAUUACUAAUGUGGAAGCCCUAAUUGCUAGAGCCCGCUCACUGAAAGCCAAGUUUGGAACUGAGAAAUGUGAACAAGAGGAGGAAAAGGAAGAUCUCGAAAGGUUUGUGAGCUGCCUUUUAGAGCAGCCCGAAGUGCUGGUGGUGGGCGCGGGAAGAGGACACGCCGGCAGGAUCAUUCACAAGCUGUUUGUGAACGCACAGAGGGCUGCAGCCAUGGCUCCACCUGAGGAGGAACUGAAGAGAAUGGGCUCUGCAGAGGAGAGAAGGCAGAACUCGGUGUCAGACUUCCCACCCCCUGCUGGCCGGGAACUCAUUCUGCGCACCACCGUGCCCCGCCCCGCCCCCUACUCCCGAGCUCUGCCUCAGCGCAUGUACAGUGUUCUCACCAAAGAGGAUUUCCGACUGGCAGGUGCUUUUUCAUCAGAUACCUCCUUCUUCUACUUCUUCCUGGGCCACCCCAUUGUGACUUCAAAGGCAGUGCUGACCCCUUCUGUGGGAAGGAGGUUGUGCUGGUCGGAACCUGGGAGGCAUGAAGAGGGCCUGUCCAGUUGAAUGAUCAAGCGUCGUACUGGCAUCUGAAAGACUUUCUGGUGCCAAGCUUGGGAAGGGUAGUAGCUUGUGGGGUCCGAGGUCAUGGGCUUGAACUAUUGAAAGAUUUCUUCCCCAAAGAGAUGGCCCUUGGGGUGGGGUUGGGGACCAAAAAAUGCA